AUGACCGAUUCGAGCUUCGUCCAAGCGCAGCGCCGCGUAGCUGCGCGCCGCCAGGCCCGCGAGGCCGAAGCCACAGCCCGUAUCGCUGCACAACGGCAAUCUUCCCGAACCCGAUCCAGCCUCGAGCGCCUACCCUUUCCCCUCGGCCGCAUCGGAUCUGCCUGGGACGCGAUAUCGACGAGAGAGGGUACACGACCUGCUUUUCGCGUGGGACAGGUUGAUGCCGAAUUACUUGACGUGGAGCUGCUGGACAUCCUCAAGGAUCAAGUUUGCGAAGGCCUCAAAUACUUUGGCGGAGGACAUCUCCACGAUGACUGGUCGGCCGAGAUCAUGCUAGCCCUCAGGGCAGUGCUGUUUAAGCUCACCGUCUGGGACCACGAUGCGACAUACGGCGCGGCUCUUCAGAACCUCAAAUACACGGAUGCCAGGAGAGAGGGACCCAUCCUCAAGGCGCCCUCCAAGGUGCAAAAAUCGCUUUACGGGAUGGUGACAGUAUUUGGGAACUACGCCUGGACAAGAUGGGAGGAUUGGCUGCUGGAGCAUGAUGAUGGAUAUGAUGAGCCCAGCCCGCGAGUAAAGCGGCUCUCGCGGUUGACAUCCACCCUCUCGACUGUCCAUUCAGCCGCCGCAUGCGUCUCCUUCCUUAUCUUUCUGCUGCACGGCCGAUAUCGAACACUACUCGAUAGAGUUUUACGGAUGAGGCUUGCGCCACCCACUAGCCAGGUCAGCCGAGAGGUCUCGUUUGAGUAUCUCAACCGACAACUUGUCUGGCACGCCUUUACUGAGUUUCUACUCUUUGUGCUGCCUUUGAUUGGUAUCCAGCGGUGGCGGCGAUGGUUGACCCGGACAUGGCGAAAAACCAAGGAUAUCAUUAGGACAGGGCCAGAAGAGGGCAACAAGGCCAAUGGAGAAUAUGCAUUCCUCCCCGAGAGGACAUGCGCCAUCUGCUAUCAGGACCAGAACGACACUGCGACUUCAGAAACAGAGAUCCUGGCGGCGGCAGCCUCCAGUGGUGUCAUCGGCUCAGCCCAAACGGACAUUACCAACCCAUACGAGACGAUCCCUUGUGGUUGUGUGUACUGCUUUGUGUGCUUGGCAACCCGCCUGGAGCGGGAGGAGGGAGAGGGCUGGACAUGUCUACGAUGCGGUGAGCAUGUCAGGGAAUGCAAGCCUUGGAGCGGUGACUUGCUGGAGCCCUCGAAGCACAACUCGGCAAAGACGGUGGCCUUUUCGGAUGAUAUCGCCGGGGGUGUGCUUGUAGAUGAAAAGGAUGAGGAAUCCUUAGUUGAGAGUCUGAGUACAUCCUCGGAAUGA